UUAAUAAAUAAUAAAAAUAAAUUAUUUACAAACUUUAAGAAAACCUUUAUAUUUGUGCCAAAAUGCCUAUGAUAGUAAUUUCCGGUUUACCUGCUAGCGGCAAGACUACGCGCGCUAAAGCACUGCUGAAGUACUUCACUGGUAGAGGGAAGAAGGUACAUUUAAUCUCGGAGAAUGUUUCCAUAGCCAAUGCUGGUUUUCCGAAAAAUGAAUACUUUGCAGAUUCACAAAAGGAAAAACAAGUUCGUAGCGACAUUAAAUCCGAGGCUUUGCGAUUGCUUAAUAAAGAGGAUGUGGUAAUCGUGGAUGGUGGCAAUUAUAUUAAAGGCUACCGCUACGAACUAUUUUGCGCAACAAAAGCGGCACGCAGUACACAAUGUACAUUAUUUUGCGGCGUACAGGAAGCACGUGCAUGGCAGUUGAACCAAGAACGCUCUGACGCAGAUGUAGUGCUGACCGGGUCUGAAGAGCAAGUGGAUAAUUCGAAUGUGCCAUAUACACGUGAAAUAUUCGACGCCUUAUGUAUGCGUUACGAAGAACCACAUGGUAAUUGUCGAUGGGAUAGCCCGCUGUUUGUGGUGUUUCCGGAUGAUUCACUUGACUUCGAGGCUAUCUAUGGUGCGUUAUACGAAUCAAAACCUUUGCCGCCAAAUCAAAGCACCCAAAACCCACCACUAAGCGCUACAAAUUAUCUCUUUGAGUUGGACAAGUUGACGCAACAAAUUGUUGGAGACGUUUUGGCAGCGCGUAAAAUUGGCAAUACAGGACCAGUGCCGGUAAAAGAUAGCCAGGUGAAAGUGGAAGUGCCAGCAGCUAUAAACGCCAUCCAACUGAAUCGUUUACGGAGACAAUUUCUCAAUUAUAGUAAAUUACAUCAUGCGACCACUAGUACUUUGGAUAAAGUGCCACAAUUGUUUGUGCAAUUCCUAAACUCUAAUUGCAACGAAUAAAAUGAUUUUAAGUAAAUGGACAGAAA